CAAAAUGUCAGCCUCCAUUUGCCGAAAUAUUUUAAAAGGAGUGCAAUCAUUAUCUGCAAGACUUAUUCCCAGUCAACAAACCAUCAGACCACAUGUAGUUGAUACACUGAAGAAUAAAGCACCUGUCAAUCAAUUAGCUAGGAAUCUAUCAACCAAUGCUAGCAGAUCCAAUGGAAUAUUAAAUACAAAACCAACACCAGGAUUAUUCAGUCAAGGGGUUGUGUCAGGAUGUUUAAGCCAGUGCAGGAGUUUCUCUAGUGUUUUGUUGAAAGCCUCGCCAUCUGGGAUUCUAGCGCCAUCCUUACAAGUUUUCACAGAGCAGCGUCGCACAAAGAUCAAAUAUAGUUUAACACAUGGCAGACCAAAAACUGUCCGCGCUGUUGUCCUGAGAUUCAAACGUUUAAACUGGGGCAUCUGGAUCCGAACAAAAUGUGGACGUCAUAAACAUCAAUGGAAGAAAUCUCCAGCAAGAAGACUACGACUCCAACAGCAUGUUUUUGUGAAUAAGACUCAGACUAAAUUACUGGACAAAAUGGUUAAUCAAUACUAUAAGGAAAAGAAGUAUUAUCCUGAUGAUCCCUACUCAAGGUAUCAAGUGAGACAUGGACAUGGACCUCAAUAUUAUAAACCACCAAGAGUCUGUGUCAAUCAGGUCAAAGUCUGCCUCAGUCAGGUCAAAGUCUUAGUAAAUCAGGUCAAAAUCUGUGUGGAUCAGGACAAAGUUUCUGUCAGUCAGGAAAAGGUGUUUGUCAGACAGGACAUUGUCAGGGAUUUCAUGGUUUGGCUACCCGUCAUGUCACUGACACUGUGGACACUUUAUCAACUAAUCACCUUAUGCCAGGCUUCAACUAAUUCAGCUUCUGACUUUUUGUGUCAGACAUUAAACGAUGGCUUGUACCCCAACCCUGCAGAUUGCUCUUCAUAUUUACAAUGUGCUGGCCAUAAAACACAUAUAAAACCUUGUCCUAAAGGUCUACAGUUCAGUCCAACAAUUAAGACAUGUGGAUUUACAAAGGCAACAGGAUGUAUUCAAGGUGUGAACUCACAGCAGUCAUACAAACAACCGCAGCAACAAACAGUCCACCAACAACAGCCAUUAUAUCAGCAACAACCACAGCCUCAACAGGUCUACCAACAACCACUCCAGCAACAUGGCCAAAACCAACAACCCCAGCCCAAUUAUCAGAAUUAUCAGAGCCACCAACCGUAUGUUCAGACCUAUAUGACGCUUCCUCUACAAUUUCCAGGUGGAACUAUGUCUUAUCAUGCAGAUCAGGGGAAGCCACUUGUACAUCAUAAUGUUCACAUUCCACCAUUUCAGCAUCAGCCAUUAGGAGGUGGACUUGGUAAGGUUGGGAAUGUUUGGUCAAGAACAAAUGGUGGUUCCGGAGGUCAAGGUCAAGUGGUGCAAGGUUAUCCAAUGAAUGGUGGAAAUUUCCCUCCAGGUUUUAAUCCAAGAUAUCCAGAUGGUGGUUACCAUGGUGUUCCCCCUUAUACUAAUACACAUCCAACACAAGCUGGACCUAAUGCAUAUGCUGGACAUAGUUAUAAUGUAAUGCCUCAGCAUACACCGGUCUAUACAGGUUCACCCCAGGGACAGGCAGCGUUUGUGCCAGGUGCUGGGUAUAACAGUGGUGGGGUACCUUUGCAUGUUCAUAGCCACGGAAAUGGUGUUGCUGGAAAAGCUGUUCCCUAUCCAUCUGCUGGUCCAGGGGCAUUCCAGCAUGCCCACACUCACAUCCAUCAGCCUCAGCUUGAUCAAGGUACCAUCAAUGGAGCAAGUGAUAAUGCAGAGAAAGAUUCUGAUCUAAAACUUGAUGAUGAGGUCAAUGUAAGAGAUGAUCCAUAUAAAGAAAUCUACAGACACAUUGUUCAUACCCCCAUUGUUCCAUUUAGUAAUCAAAAAAGUGAGAACAUAAUUUAUUUCAAUGACUCUUCUCAUAUCAAUGAAAUAAAUAAAGAGAGCUUGCAAGUAUAUAGAGACUUUGCAAAGAAACAUAAUAGUAAAGAAGGUGCCCAUCACAAAUAUCAAACAAAUAAAAUCAAUGGGAAAAAGGAUGAAAUUUCAGACAGGAAACUUAAAGUCUCAUUAAGCAAAUAUAAAGCAUCACCUAAAACAACCAAUGCUGUUGAAAGACUGCAUCGUCAAUAUAGAGACAGGCUAAGAAAAAUUAAGAUUAAAACUUUGCCCCAAUACAGAUCAGCCAUAAAGACACAGAAGUCAAACAGGGAAGUUCCUUCAGAGUAUGCAUUCAAAUUAAACAAGCAUCAAUAUAAAACAAACAAGUAUCCUGAUAGAACAAAUAAGUCUCCAUACAAAACAGAUAAAUAUCCACACAAAACGUUGCCAUAUAGAACAUAUCAGAAUUAUAGGAAUAGAUAUCCAGAAGAUUCUUACAAUUAUUUUGAUUCAAAUCAAGGUGAGCAAGCCCCACCAACUGAUUAUGAUGAGUAUGAUUAUCCUUUGUAUGAUAUGGGCAAAGAAAUUCCUAAGAAAACAAACAAAUCUGAGCGAAUGGUUGAAAACACUGAACUUUCAAAAAUUGAGUUUGAUGCAAAACUUUUAUCCUACAACAAGCACUCUAGACAUUCAUCAACUAAAAAGAACACAUUUACAAUCACAUCAAAAGUUUUCCAAUAUUUUGGUAAUAACUCAAGAAAGAGAGGCAAGCGAUCUGUGGAUUCAGAUACCAGAGAUGUUGAAGAAGAUAACAACUCUACAGAAAGACAAACCGAAUACUCCUCACAUGUAUCCACAAUGAUGAAACAAAAUGACCAACAAAUGGCCCCUGAAUAUCAAUAUAUUGGUGGACAGUUAGAACAACAAAAUGCAGAUCAGUAUCCUGCAUACAGAGUUGGACAACCUGAUAAAAACAUGCAAAAUAAUCAACAACAGUAUCCAAACUACCAAGUGGAGCAAACAGGGGAAGGCAUGCAACAGAACCAGCGACAAUAUCCCAACUACAUGGUUGAACAAACAGGUGAAGCCAUGCAACAGAACCAGCAACAAUAUCCUGGGUUUGUAGCUGAACAAACUGAUGAACAAAUGAAAAAAUAUCCUACUGACAUUGAAGAAACUAUUGAGACUGUGAUUGUAAUGCCUAAAAUGGUGCGACAACCAAUGGAGCAAGACGAGAUGGAGCCUGCAAUGCAACUGACACAUUAUCCUUCCGAAGUUGAAACUACUGAACAAAAUGGAGGUUAUCCACCCCAACAGGAAAGUGCUAUGAAUCAAGCUGGAAUGCAUAUGAACAUGGGUAUGUCACAAUCAUAUGAAGCAAUGGAUACUCAUAAAAUGCCACCAUCUCAGAGGUCACAUGAAAUGGUCCAAAAACCUUCUAUUGAGCAAGUCUAUAAAAUGCCACCAUCUCAGAGGUCACAUGAGAUGUUUCAAAGACCUUCCAGUGAGCAAGUCCAUAAGAUGCCACCAUCUCAGAGGUCACAUGAGAUGUUCCAAAGACCUUCUCGUGAGCAAGAUAAUAUUGAUCCAUCAAGAGACAUGUAUGAGCAAUCUCAACCUUUCCAAGAGAUGAAAUUAAAUAUGAUGAAUGUGAAGAAUACUGAUAGACAAGCUGCACUAAAGAGAGAACAGUAUGAGCAGAUGCAACAGGAAAAAUCAAGUGGAAAUAGGUAUGAGGUGCCAGCAAUGGUUUUCAGUGGUGUGGGACAACCUCAUUACCAAGCAAUGCCACGGAAAGUUGAUUCUGGAGCUACGGAUAUGGAACCUCCUUACAUUGCACUCAGUUCAACUUAUCAAAACUUAGAAGAUCCAAACUAUCCAAUGGGUUUGAAGAAAAUGCCAAAGCCAGUGAUGGAACGAAUCCAAAAAAUAACUCCAAUAAAGCAUUUUCUGGAGAAAGUAUUGCCAAAAGCUAUGGGACCUGUUAUGGGUGUUUUGCAAUUCCAGCCAAAUGACAAUGAAUUAUAUGCAGGACCAGUACCCAUACCAGGCCCAGAUUCAGUGUCUACAGGCGGAGAUUAUGGGUCCAGUGCUCAGAAUCCAUACUCUCCAACGAGUCUCAACACUCAUUACCCUAACUACUACACUGGGGAUGUCCAUACAGGUGGAGGUCUUGGUGGUGACAUUGGUGGCAGCGUUGGUGUUGGGGAAUCAUAUUCCAGCUAUGACAUGAAAGAUAUGUUAGGAUACAUGGGUACAGCAAUGACGCAAGCAUUAGAUCAUCUGUGGAACAAACUUCGUAUAGAGGCAGAGUACGCUCAUCAGAUGGAAGAUGUGAUGGAUUCCUUUGCUUUCCGCUAUGUGUCCAAGUUCCUUGAUGCCAAACCGUAUGCAUCAUAUCUCUCCUAUGUAGGAACUACAAUGUUGAAGUGCUGCAAAAUUAUACAAGAUAAGUAUGGUCUGGAUGCUGGUCAAAUGUCAGAUGUAAUGCGAAUUUUGCCAUCACACAAAUAUUUCCUACCACAACCUAUUCCAGCCACGCCUGAUGUCACCGUUCCCAUACCUGCAAAGAUUGACUUCUGCCCCUAUCCAAAGGAAUAUUACUGUGACACCCAUGCCAAGUAUCGCACUAUUGAUGGGUCUUGUAAUAAUCUUAAGCACCCUAUAUUUGGAAGGUCCAUGCUUCCCCUCGCCAGAUUCUUGCCUGCUAUUUACAGUGACGGUGUGCAAGAAGAGCGAUAUUCUGUGACGGGUGCACCACUUCCUGGCCCGAGGCAUGUUAGUCUUUCACUCUUCCCCGAUGUCAAUAGGCCAAGUGCAAUGAACACCUUGCUGUUGAUGACAUUUGGACAGUUUGUGGACCAUGAUAUGACAAGAACAGCAAUCACUAAAAUGUCCAAGGAACCAUUAGGUUUUGGGAAGACUGAGGAAGUGAAGUGUGGAAGAGAUGGCUGUGAUACACAUCACCCUGGACUAGAGUCAUGUUGGCCCAUACCUGUACCUGCGUAUGAUCCAGAUUUCUCCCACCUACGAUGCCUCAAGUUUGUCAGAUCACUUGAAGUUCCAAAUCUUGAUUGUAAAUUCACCCACAGAGAACAGUUAAAUCAAGUGACCCCCUUCUUAGAUGGCUCACAGAUAUAUGGCUCAACUAAGGAAGAACUGGAGAAAUUGAGAGACUUCUUAGAUAAUCCAGACCAUGGUAUGAUGAAGAUGAUGCGGCAUCCCCAUGGUGAUAGAUUCAAGCCUCUCCUACCCCCUGAUGAAGUGGACCUUUGUAGAGAGAUCAAUUCUACUGUCAAAUGCUUCCUUGCAGGAGAUGAAAGAGUCAAUGAACAAGCUAGCCUGACAUCUAUGCAUACAAUAUGGGCGAGGCAACAUAACCGUGUGGAGUCUGGCCUCUAUAAGCUUAAUCCCCACUGGGACCCUGAUAAGCUGUUCCAUGAGGCUAGGAGAAUCAUAGGAGCGCAGUUUCAGCAUAUUGUAUUCAAUGAGUACCUGCCUAUUAUCCUUGGAGAUAAUAUAAUGUCCCAGUAUGGUCUGCAUUUAGUCAAACAUGGAUAUUAUCAUGGUUACGACGAAGAAACAGAUCCCAGAGUGAGAAAUAGUUUUGCCGCGGCAGCGUACCGUUUUGGUCAUACAUUAAUCCAGGACCGCCUGAGAAGAGCCGAUUACAACUUUCACUAUGAUGACUCUCUGAUGCUCAGUAGUGCCUUUAGACGACCAGCCCCUGUGUAUGACACAGCUAGGGGAGGGCUUGACUCAAUAGUGAGAGGACUCUGUGAAUUUGAGAGCCAGACCUAUGACAAGCAUAUAACAAAACAAGUCACUCGUAGUCUGUUUGCUGAGAUGCCCCCUCAUGGUCCAGGCAUGGACUUGAUGUCACUUAAUAUCAUGCGUGGAAGAGACCAUGGCCUCCCAGGUUAUAAUGCCUACAGAGAGUGGUGUGGAUUGGGCAAGGCCUAUAGCUUUGAUGAUCUCAUCAUAGAUAUACCAGAUCUUGAGCAAAUAGAGCGAUUCAAGCAUCUCUAUGCACAUGUUGAUGACAUUGAUCUCUGGUCUGGUGGGAUCUCAGAGAAAUCCAUAGAAGGUGGAAUACUUGGACCAACAUUUGCUUGCAUCAUUGGACGCCAAUUUCAGAUUGCACGGAAAGGUGAUAGAUACUGGUAUGAGAAUGAUGGAUAUGCCAAGUUCACAGCGGGUCAAUUAAAGGAAAUUAAAAGAAGCAGACUUGCCAGGAUCCUUUGUGCUAAUGGCGACUACAUUGACAAAAUCCAGCCUUGGGUUCUAUUGAGGCCUUUUAGAGAGGCUUUUGAGGAUGUCAGGAAGCAGUAUGACCACAAUGGACAAGGUGGGCAGACUGGAGAACAUCACACUAAUUGGUUCAAGCACACUGAAUUCCUUAAUAACUAUGAUAAAACAAAGACUGGAAUUCCUGUGGAAAAGUUUGUUGAGUUGUAUUCUAGCAACUUUAAUGCCCAUGUGUACUGUAAAGACCUCCCAGAAAUAGACUUAUCUUUAUGGGAAGACACAGACGAUUAUUAAUACAAAGAUAGUUGUGUUAAAAAAUAAAGGUUGGACAAUUCAAAACGAUGUGGAAUGUCUACAUGCAAAAUAUUCAAGAUCAUCAGUCAGUAAUUCAUUCUUUUCUCCUACUGAGUUAAGACCAAAUCCAAGGACAUUGUAGAAUACCAAUGAGGUCAAAGCUUAGAUAUUUUAGUAAUGUGCAAUGAUAUGCAUGAAUUUGAACAAUGUAUUGUAUAUAUUAGCUAUAGAUGGUCCAUCCUCCAAACAAAGGGCUCCAGAACAAGUUCCUCCUUCUUGAACUUGGAGCCCCAAAAUUGGAUGAUCCAGAUGUUAUCUUUAGUCAUUAUUGAGAUAUUGUUCCU